AUGCAGCGCUCUUUGAUUAUACCGAGAUCUACCCGGGCUCCAAGGUGGCGCACUUUCAGCAGCUCGCGCAGGAGACGGGCAUUGACUACGCUGAUAUGUAAAAAACUGGGCGUGCGCUUUGUCCAGGUCGGCCACCGGGGACUCACACGCACGACCUUCGAGCAAGGCCUCCAGUCGUGGCGCAAGGGCCGGCACCACUGA